AUGUCGAGAUUGUACUACGGCGCGUUAGUAUCACCGAUCUCGCUGACAGAGUACACUGCGCUGCCGCACGCGCUGCUCGCCGUCUCGCACGCUACGGGCGAGAUUGAGCGGGUCGAGGAGGACGUCGCGGCGGGCGUGCUGCAGGAUGUGCUGGCGGAGCAUGGAUAUGUGGAUGAUGUGGAUUUGGUGGAGCUCAAAGUGGGCGAGUUCUUGAUUCCCGGGUUUAUCGACACGCACACGCAUGCUCCGCAGGUGCCGAAUCUUGGGAGCGGCCAGCAGCACGAACUUCUGGAUUGGCUUGCUCAAGUGACGUUCCCGAUGGAAUGUAGGUUCUCGGACGUAGACUUUGCAAGGCGAACAUAUAAUUCUGUUGUGAAGCGAAUUAUUGACUACGGAACCACGACGUGCUGUUAUUUUGGCUCAUUACACUUAGAAUCCACGAAAAUACUCGCAGAGAUCGUGCACGCACACGGGCAGCGUGCUCUCGUCGGGAAAUGCAAUAUGGACUAUAAUUGCCCCGACUACUACAUUGAGCCUUCGCCUGAAGCCUCCAUUGCCGCCACGGAAGAGCUGAUCGCGCACAUCCGUGCGCUGCCCUCCCUGAGUACCAGUGCACAUCCACACUCGGGCGAAACGCUCGUGCACCCGGUCCUAACGCCGCGCUUCGCGCUCUCCUGCACGCGCGCUCUGCUCUCCUCCCUCGGCGCGCUCGCUGCGGCCGACCGCUCGCUCGCGAUCCAGACGCACGUCUCGGAGAACGAGUCUGAAGUGGUGCUCACCAAGUCGCUGUUCCCGCCAGAGACACUGCCUUCCCCUCCCAUGCCUGCGACGGUGAGCGCGGCGGGGACGUAUACGGGCGUGUACGACGCGUUCGGCCUGCUGAGGGACAAUACCAUCCUUGCGCAUGCUGUGCAUCUCGAGCCUAUGGAGGUGGCACUUAUUAAGGCGCGGAACGCGGGCAUCUCGCAUUGUCCGACCAGCAAUCUCAAUUUACGGAGCGGUUGCGCGAAGGUAGGAAUGCUUUUGGACGAAGGCAUCAAGGUCGGACUGGGUACGGACGUCUCGGGCGGGUUCUCGCCCUCGAUCCUCACCGCGAUCCAGCACGCCAGCAUGUGCUCGAAGGUGGUCGCGCUGCAAUCGCCGCUGCCCGAGGUCGACCACCACCGGUUCGCGGGCCGCCAGCUCUCGGUGCCGACGCUCCUGCAUCUCGCGACGUUGGGUGGCGCACAGGUCUGCAAUCUUGCAACACGCGUCGGCUCGCUCGUUCCUGGGAAGGCGUUCGACGCGCUCGUGGUGAGCAUCCGCUCCGAUGCGGGGAACCCUGCCGUGUGGGGCGCGGACCUCGAUAUGGAGCUCGGUGUCCGCGGAAGCGGCGGUGAGCAUGGAGACGAGGGCGGGCGCGGGAAGACAGAGAAAGAGGAGCUAGAGGGAAUGCUGGAGCGGUUCUUGUUCUGCGGAGACGACAGGAACAUCCGUCGUGUGUACGUCCAGGGACGCCUUAUUGGCGGGAAGGAGUUUAGUGGCGCACGGCCCUGA